AUGGAGAAGAAUACCAAUGCCAAUGCCGAUAUCAAUACCGUCCCAGAGUCGACCUCUCCCGACCAACGUCAUGGCGGAGAAAGGUCUCCAAUGGCGGUUUCUCCACCACCCGCUAGCAUCGACGACAAUAACCCUACUCCUCCCGUCAUCAACCUCUCGUCCGUAGCACCUGCCCCAGAAAGAGGUACAACAGGCGACGUGGGAGUGUCGUCAUCGUCGUCACAUGGUCAUGUGGGAGGCGGUUCGAACACGGAGGUAGGGAAGAAGAGAGGGCGAGGAGACGGAGGAGAGCAGCAGCAGCAAGUGAAGGCUGCAAAGAAGAAGGGAGAGCUAACGGAGGUCCCAAAAGGUGACCCAAAAUGUGCGACUUGUAAUAAAGUGUUCAAAUCGUGGAAAGCACUUUUUGGACACUUGAGGUCUCACCCGGAACGGACAUACCGUGGGGCUCUUCCGCCGCCAACCGCCGCCGAGCUCGAUAUCCGCCACUGUCAGCAGCAGUUCGCUUCCACUUUGCUGACGGUGGCUCAGGGAGUGGCGGCGUCGAGAAGAGGGUUGGAUAUUGAUCUCAACCAGCCCUCCGCUGCUGAGGAGAGUGGGUCGCCUGAGAAGAGCGGCGGCGUGGGGUUCGAUCUCAACGUGGAGCAGCCGCCGGAGAGUGAGAACGAUGAGUGA